AUGUCGUGCAGUGACGAUGAAAACGAGGCGGUGCACAAAGCGCUUAUUGAAGAGCUGGAAUGUCUGGAUCUGGUCAGUGAUAGAGUUGCAGCCUAUCGAUCAGUCACUGGGGUCCUGGUAUCGCAUCCGGAGGCGCGUGAUAUCAAAUUUGCUAACCACAGUAUCACGUUCCACGGUAGAGAAAUCCUCACCGAUACUCAAUUAGAGCUGAAUGUUGGUCGCAGGUACGGCUUGAUCGGGCCCAAUGGUUGCGGGAAGUCCACUCUCCUGGCCGUUAUAGCCAAUCGAGAAAUCCCCAUCCCGGAACACGUGGACAUUUUCCUUUUGCAGCGGGAAAUGGCACCGAGUGACAAAACAGCUUUGCAGUGUGUAAUGGAGGUGGAUGUAGAAAGGCAACGCCUGGAAAAGGAGGCAAGCGAAUUGUCACUGCGAGAGGACUCUGAGAGUCACGAGCGUCUGUUGGAGGUGUAUGAACGCCUGGAACAUCUAGAUGCAGACAAAGCGGAAGCAAAAGCUGCCCGACUGUUGCACGGUUUGGGAUUCACAACCGAGAUGCAGCAAAAACAGGUGAAACACUUCAGUGGUGGUUGGCGCAUGCGUAUCGCCCUAGCCCGUGCUCUGUUUGUCCGACCUUCNGAGCCGACCAAUCAUUUGGAUUUGAAUGCAUGUGUGUGGCUCGAGCGAGAACUGGUGCAGUAUCCACGUUGUCUGGUAGUCGUUUCCCACUCACAAGACUUUCUGAACGGGGUCUGCAACAAUGUUAUUCUCAUGCACCGUCGGAAAUUGCAAUACUUUGGGGACUAUAUUGCUCGGUUUGGACAUGGUUCGAAGAAACUUGCUCGUCAGGCUCAAAGCAAAGAAAAAGUUUUAGCCAAGAUGAUCGAUGGUGGAUUGGCAGAAAAAGUGGAGUCAGACAAAACACUGACAUUCUACUUCCCGGAUCCAGGCACAAUACCUCCUCCAGUGAUUCAAGUGCAACAAGUUAGCUUCCGCUAUUCCCCGGGUAAACCCUGGAUUUACAAAAAUUUGGAUCUCGCUAUUGAUCUGGAUCGGCGUGUUGCACUGGUCGGUCCCAACGGGGCAGGCAAAUCCACACUGUUGAAACUGAUUGCAGCUGAGUUGGAUCCCACGGACGGAUUGAUCCGUCGUCAUUCCCAUGUUCGUAUUGGCCGUUAUCAUCAGCAUCUGCAUGAAAUGCUAGAUAUCAAUAUGACUGCCGUGGAUUGGAUGAUGUCAUGUUACCCAGAGAUCAAGGAAAGAGAUGACAUGCGCAAACUCCUUGGUCGUUACGGUCUUUCCGGUGCUCAGCAGGUUUGUCCUAUUCGGACUCUUUCAGACGGUCAGAGAUGUCGUAUAAUUUUCGCAUGGCUGGCCCAAAAAGCCCCACAUUUGUUACUGCUUGAUGAACCUACCAACCAUUUGGAUAUUGAAACAAUCGACUCUUUGGCCGAUGCAAUCGAGGAUUUCGAAGGAGGUUUACUUCUAGUCAGUCACGAUUUUCGUCUCAUAUCCCAGGUGGCCAAAGAAAUCUGGGUCUGUGAAAACCAAACGAUCACUCCAUGGGAUGGUGAUAUAUUCUCCUACAAACGCUAUCUUGUGAAAACUGUCAAUCGCGAGCUUGCCAAGUUGCAGGCAACCAUGGCAAUCGCUUAA